AUGGAUGAUUCAAAUGCGGAAGUCCAAGACCCUUUGUUAGAAAUCAACUUGGGGAAGGAAGACAACCAUCGACCGAUCUACAUCAGUGGUCUAAUGGAGCCAAAACUUCGGGCCAAGAUGGAAGAGCUUUGGAGAGAGUUCAAGGAUUGCUUCGCUUGGGAUUACACCGAGAUGCCUGGAUUGAGUCGUGACUUGGUCGAGCAUCGCCUACCAACGAUGGAAGAUUUCAAGCCCUUUAAGCAGCCGCCCCGCCGGAUGUCGGUGGAAGUAGAGUUACAAGUUAAAGAAAUAGGCCAGCUAGAUAUGUAG